GUGGCCCAGGGCUUGAAGGAGGCGUUGGUGGAUACCCUCACCGGGAUCCUGUCCCCCGUGCAGGAGGUGCGGGCGGCUGCAGAGGAACAGAUUAAGGUGCUGGAGGUGACAGAGGUGUAGCAUAAGCACUGUCCACCUGCGGAGGGCGCCCCGCAAGGAUCCAGAAGCGCUCCUGGGCAUGUGGCGGGCACUGAACCGAGCGGAAGGCGGCCACGCUCGGAAAAAGGCCAGUGAAUUUGGUGUUCACCUCGCAGAGCUGACUGUAGAUCCUCAGGGGGCACUGGCCAUCCGUCAGCUGGCAUCAGUCAUCUUGAAGCAGUAUGUGGAAACUCACUGGUGUUCCCAAUCGGAGAAAUUCAGACCUCCUGAAACUACAGAAAGGGCAAAAAUUGUUAUCCGGGAGCUAUUACCCAAUGGGUUGAGAGAAUCAAUAAGCAAAGUGCGCUCCAGUGUGGCCUAUGCUGUGUCAGCCAUUGCCCAUUGGGAUUGGCCUGAAGCCUGGCCCCAACUCUUCAGUCUGCUCAUGGAGAUGUUGGUGAGCGGAGACUUAAAUGCCGUCCAUGGAGCCAUGCGUGUGUUGACAGAGUUUACUCGAGAAGUGACAGACACACAGAUGCCACUUGUUGCUCCUGUCAUUCUCCCAGAGAUGUAUAAGAUAUUCACCAUGGCUGAGGUGUAUGGGAUUCGAACUCGUUCCCGAGCAGUAGAGAUUUUUACUACUUGUGCCCAUAUGAUCUGUAACAUGGAGGAGCUGGAAAAGGGUGCAGCCAAAGUCCUGAUCUUUCCCGUGGUGCAGCAGUUCACAGAGGCCUUUGUUCAGGCCCUCCAGAUGCCAGACGGCCCCACAUCUGACAGUGGUUUUAAGAUGGAGGUUCUGAAGGCAGUGACAGCCUUGGUGAAAAACUUCCCGAAGCACAUGGUGUCCUCCAUGCAGCAGAUCCUGCCCAUCGUUUGGAACACUCUGACUGAAAGUGCUGCUUUUUAUGUGAGGACGGAAGUGAAUUACACAGAGGAAGUGGAAGAUCCUGUGGAUUCUGACGGAGAAGUCCUCGGCUUUGAAAACCUCGUCUUUAGCAUUUUUGAAUUUGUCCAUGCCCUACUAGAAAACAGCAAAUUCAAAAGCACCGUUAAAAAGGCUUUGCCGGACCUUAUUUACUACAUUAUCUUGUACAUGCAGAUCACCGAGGAGCAGAUUAAAGUGUGGACAGCUAACCCACAACAGUUUGUAGAGGAUGAGGAUGAUGACACUUUCUCCUACACUGUUAGAAUCGCAGCGCAAGACUUGUUGCUGGCUGUGGCCACAGAUUUCCAGAAUGAGAGUGCAGUGGCCCUGGCUGCGGCAGCCACUCGGCAUUUACAAGAAGCUGAGCAAACCAAAAGCAGUGGUACUGAGCACUGGUGGAAAAUCCAUGAGGCCUGCAUGCUUGCUCUAGGCUCAGUAAAGUCCAUCAUCACUGACAGUGUGAAAAAUGGCAGGAUCCAUUUUGACAUGCAUGGGUUCCUGACCAACGUCAUCCUUGCAGACCUCAACCUGUCAGCGUCUCCCUUCCUCCUGGGACGGGCCCUUUGGGCUGCCAGUCGUUUUACUGUUGCUAUGUCCCCUGAGCUGAUUCAGCAGUUCCUACAGGCAACAGUCAGUGGUCUUCAUGAAACACAACCCCCAUCAGUACGGAUUUCUGCUGUGAGAGCCAUCUGGGGUUAUUGUGAUCAACUGAAAAUCUCAGAGAGUACACAUGUGCUUCAGCCCUUCCUCCCCAGCGUCCUUGAUGGCCUGAUUCACCUAGCAGCGCAGUUCAGCUCAGAGGUCCUCAACCUGGUGAUGGAGACCCUGUGCAUCGUUUGUACUGUUGACCCAGAAUUCACAGCAAGCGUGGAAAGCAAAAUCUGCCCCUUCACCAUCGCCAUUUUCCUGAAGUACAGUAAUGAUCCUGUGGUCGCCUCGCUGGCUCAGGACAUCUUCAAGGAGCUGUCACAGAUUGAAGCCUGUCAAGGCCCCAUGCAGAUGAGGCUGAUUCCCACUCUGGUCAGCAUAAUGCAGGCCCCAGCAGACAAGAUCCCUGCAGGACUCUGUGCGACAGCUAUUGAUAUCCUGACCACGGUAGUGCGAAAUACAAAGCCUCCCCUUUCCCAGCUCCUCAUCUGUCAAGCUUUCCCUGCUGUGGCACAAUGCACCCUUCACACGGAUGAUAAUGCCACCAUGCAGAAUGGUGGAGAGUGCUUGCGGGCCUAUGUGUCAGUGACACUGGAACAGGUAGCCCAGUGGCAUGAUGAGCAAGGCCACAAUGGACUGUGGUACGUGAUGCAGGUGGUGAGCCAGCUCCUGGACCCACGAACUUCCGAGUUCACUGCAGCCUUUGUGGGCCGCCUGGUCUCCACACUCAUCUCCAAGGCAGGGCGGGAGCUUGGGGAGAACCUGGACCAGAUCCUUCGUGCCAUCCUCAGUAAGAUGCAGCAAGCAGAGACACUCAGCGUCAUGCAGUCUCUGAUCAUGGUGUUUGCUCAUCUGGUGCACACUCAGCUGGAACCUCUGUUGGAGUUCCUGUGUAGCCUCCCAGGACCGACUGGCAAACCUGCCCUGGAGUUUGUGAUGGCUGAGUGGACAAGCCGGCAGCAUCUGUUUUAUGGACAGUAUGAAGGCAAAGUUAGCUCUGUGGCACUGUGCAAACUGCUUCAGCAUGGCAUCAAUGCAGAUGACAAGCGGCUACAGGAUAUUCGUGUGAAGGGAGAAGAGAUCUACGGCAUGGAUGAAGGCAUUCGGACCCGCUCUAAGUCAGCCAAAAACCCGGAGCGCUGGACAAACAUUCCUUUGUUGGUCAAGAUCCUAAAGUUGAUUAUCAAUGAACUCUCCAACGUCAUGGAGGCCAAUGCGGCUCGCCAGGCCACUACCGCCGAGUGGAGUCAAGAUGAUUCCAAUGAUAUGUGGGAGGACCAAGAGGAAGAGGAAGAGGAGGAGGAGGAUGGUUUAGCUGGCCAGCUUUUAUCUGACAUCCUUGCUACAAGUAAAUAUGAGGAGGAUUACUAUGAAGAUGAUGAGGAAGAUGACCCUGAUGCCCUGAAGGAUCCUCUCUAUCAGAUUGAUCUACAGGCAUAUCUCACCAACUUCCUUUGCCAGUUUGCUCAGCAGCCCUGUUACAUAAUGUUUUCGUGCCACCUUAAUGACAACGAGAAGCGGGUUCUACAGGCCAUCGGCAUCUAAAAGGGGAGUCUUCAACCUGUGUUUCCUCUCCGGCCCAGCCACAGACCGUUCUGCAGCCCUCGCUGGUCUUGAGAUGCACUUUCUCUCAGCCUGGAGUGGCUUCCUGGCCCAUGGCCUCGACAGUGACACUGACAACUCAGUCCUUGCUCACCAAGGCUGGCAUUUAAAAAUGCUAAAACAAAGGACACUUCUCAAAGUCCUGUGAAGAUACCCCAAAUCUGGAACUGUUUUUCCCCCCAGCUCUUCCCCUACCUCCAGAUUCCUAGCAUCUUUUGUUGUCCAGAAACAUUGAUACCCAGAAGGAUUAUGGGUUCCUGAUUAUUUGCCCCACCUCAGGAGCACAGGAAGUCACUACCAUUUAUAUUCAGAAACAUACCUGUUCAUUUUCAUAGGACAUCUGAUGUGUUCAGAUAGGAGUCCCCUUGAGAGAUCAUUAUGCUUUCUACCCUCUGCCCCGAUGCUCUAGGUUCUUGGUAGGAACAAGUUGGAACAGCUACAUACUAAGCCCUUUCCAGUGACCUCCCUCCAUGCUUUCCUCAUGCAACACUAAGGCUCCUCUGUCAAAGGAGCCAUCUUCCCAUCUCUGCUUCAUUGCAUGACACAGCCCCUCCCCCAGGCUGUUCCUAUAUAUACAUGCACACACAAAAUAAGCCAGACAGAUGGUAACUUGUCUUUCUUUUUUAGGAAAAAAAAAAUCAGGAAAAAGAUUUUUAUUUCUAAAUCUGCCUGACCCAUCUAUAUUUAAUAUUGCCUCUUGUACGCAUAACCACAGAGCCUGAUAUUCAAAGGUUAUCCCUAUCCCUCAGGAAUCCUCUAAAGUGGUUGAGUUGUAGCCCUCGAAUUUACAACAUGUAUUUUUCUAGGACAGUAAAGCAAUCUUUACAAAUGAAUUUAGUCUGCAUACGAUAAGGUGUCUCAGCACCUCCCCUUUUGUUUACUCUCUGUAGAAGGAAAGUGGAGCCUGUUCUGGCGUCCUGCUGUGAUUGGCCAAGGGCUCAAACAUCUUAGGAACUGAGUAUUUUUCAUUCAAAUGUAUGCAGCAGAAAUAAGGGACAGCCCUCAGUGGGUUUUCCUUGUGUCAGGAAUUGAGAGAGUGAGAUUAGGAAGAGCAGAGUAGUAGCCCAGUGUUCCCUUUGUUUGAUAGGACCCACAUCUGCGACUCUGUUCUUAAUAGCCAGAGAGUUUCUCUGAGUGAUGCUCUAACAAAAAGAAAAGGGAAUAUAGAAGUGACUUUUGAGCUCCAUUCUUAAGCAGAAGGAUAACAGUGUAACAUUUAACCUAAAAGGCCUUUCAUGGGACCCUAAGGAUGUGGCAGCUUAUUAAUGACUGUACCACCAGAUGUCCUGGGUGCUGAACCUUUUGUUCAGAGGCAUUUCACUAAAGUUUCCACCUUUUUAAGAGCCUGAGAAGGUGUGUAUAGUUGUCUUCUGCCCCUGCUGUUUUUCCUCCUGAAGUUGGAGUCCCUGAUAAAGAGAAAUGAUAGCAUAUCUGUCCAAGUGGUACCCAGAAAACCACAGUAGGAAUUUUGGAAACUUGCUCCAUAGUUGACCUCAAAGCCGGUUGGAUUUGGUGCUAAAAACAGUAGACCAUUCCUCACAAUUAAGUUGUCCAAUGGUUUUGGCAUGUUAGAGUGGUGCCAGGUUAGCAGCAUUGACCUGCUGAGUUGGAGAAAGCUUGGAGACCCCCAGUGCAUAUGCGGACAGUGACUUGGGUCCCUUCUGAGCCUGCUAAUUAGAACAGUUCCUCUGUGUCUAGUGCCAAAAUGAGUCCAGAGGGCUUCUUGUCUGUUCUCAGGCUUCACUUUUGGUGGGAGGGCCAAGCCCCUGCCUUAGGAAAACUGGGAAAGGCCCUAGUUUGCUUAGGAAGCCAUCCUUGCCAACAUACAACUAGUUGGACAUGGAGGGUCUUACGCCCCUUGAUGGACAGAUAUUUGCAUGUGUUUUCAGAGCAUUUAACUUCUGCAACGGGUUCACAGUGAAUUUUCUCAUCCUGUUGACUGUUCCUAAGAGCAGGGGGAAAGUUCUUUUGGUGACUAUUGGUGUGACAUAGUUGAACUCUGGCUCCUAUUUUGUCUCCUACGAGAGCCAACUACAUUUGGACAAAGGGUGGGGCUGACUAUUGGAAGACUAAGAAAAGACCGGUGAGCUAACAAGAGAAGCGCGGGCUCCGGAUGGUGAACGCUUUCCAGGAUAGGGUGAAACACUAGAAGGCUGAAAAGUGGAUGAAAUUCCAAGGAAGGGAGUUGUUACCUCAAGUCAUUGCCUAGGAAGCUUGAAUUUGGACCCUAGGGUUCAAAACGAAUUCAUGAGACGUCGCUGGGGUGUUCACCGUGAGCUCGAGCGCCAGUGUGCCAAAUUAACGAAAGCUGCCUUAGGUUUCCUUAGCCGUACUAAGCAGCCCAAUAAGACCAGAGCACCGGUGGCUAAGCAGACCACAAGUCAGCCCUCAGAAGGAGGGUGAGAUGGGUCGUCUUUGCCACAGCGAUGGCAGCCUAUUUAUGCCUUACUCUUUCCAAGAAGUUGGAAGCAUUUGCAAAAGAAACUGACCGAGGCAAGGAAAGAAUGCUGAUGACAUCUUAGGUGGCAGGAAGCUUCAGGGAAGGUGAUAUUAGAAUACAAGUAGAUGAAGUCGUAAGAAAAGGACAUUGGCAACAGUGCUUUCAUUAUAGUGCUGCGUCCCCCACUAAAAGUACUGGGUGUUAAGAGUCCAGAAGACUCCAGUGCGGGCCUAGGUUAUUGUCGAGGGGGCUGCAGAUUUCCCGCCUCUGUCCCUUCAGUGGUCCUGACUGAUGACAGUCCUCUGUAAAAGGACAACCAAGGACGGAACUGUUGAGGGAAGGCAGUGACGGGGCUCAGAAGGCUGAACUCAACAGUGCCCAGCACAUUUAGGGGUGGUCCGGUGAAAAGUGCUAAGCUGUCUCAGCCCACCAGGCAGACCUGCUGUGCCUGAGUAAAUAAAAGAUGGCUUUCUGGCUC